UAUUCAAGCAUUAACCAUAUGGCAGUCACUGCUCAAGUCUCGUCUCUUUCUCAGCUAAUAUGUCUGCACUUCCCCUGCAGGGGUUGGCUACAACUGACCUCAUUGCUCAAAAACAAAAGUGAAAGCAUUUCACUGACAGGGAGGAGCUGCAGUUCUUAGUCUAAGCAAGACGGACAUGUCAGAUACACUUAGAAAAUUAUCAAUCUUUAUCAAUACUGUAAGCAAAUUCUUCAGAAUAUUUGAAAUAAUCCCUGCGAGGCUUUGAACAGCUGAAACUCUACCAUGCUCAAACUCCUGCUUGAUUUGUUUAGUUCUAUUUGUGUGCUCCUUUAUCCUUCCUCAGUUCAAAGAUCAGUGUUGAGGAACUUUCAUAUCUACUGCACUGGAAGAACAAAUGGAGCUCAUCAGUUCAUUGUUCAGAAGAUUAAAAAUCUUGGACAGACUGAGGUGAUGCCUUUUGAAGAUUGUGACUACCUUCUGGUUUUCUGUCCCAUCACUUCACGAGUUGGAACAGACAUCAGUGAGGCCAUGGACCGAGUCAGUCAAGGUUAUGGAAAUAAACCAAUCAUCCUGGUGGUGAUGCAUCACACCUUCGAUCCUGAACAUGUUGUAGCUGAAAGUGGGCGACACGUGGAGAACACAAAUGUCCUCCUCACUGUGGACACUCUGUUUUAUGAGGACAAACUCCUCAAUUGUAAGCGCAAUGAGAUUGCAUUGGAUGAAAUCAAGAAAUCUCUUCCUUUAGAGCAUUACUGGACUCAAACUCUCACCAACUGGUGGAACAAAAUUGUGAUGUGGGGACAAGACAGAGUGUGCUCCAUCCCGGUGCCUGCCACCAUGAGAAGGUGGAACAAAAUUGUGAUGUGGGGACCAGUCAGAGUGUGCUCCAUCCUGGUGGCUGCCACCAUGAGGGUGCUACAAUGUAUUUUGAGAAGUAUUUUUCCCUUCUUCUCUUUUAUUGUGCAUAGUUUCAUGCUAAAUACUGUUAGGAUUUAAAAAUAAAAGACAGAACCACAAGGUAGGGAAAACUUGUUUCAAUAGCACUCCAGUUUAAAUGUUACAUAAUCACACUUUUACAGGGAGUAACACUCUGUUUUGGCUUGAAAUUUGCAUUUGCUGAAUUUCUUGCAGUUACACAAAAGUUAAAAUUAAAUUUUAUACAAUCAGUUUUAAGUUGAACUACGUCAACAAGUUCAAAGCAAUUCCAUUACUCAUGCUGAAUCUUUCUGAAUGUUAUUCUUUGACCAGUUGUGUUAGGCUACAGUCCUUACUGUAUUGGCGUAAGUUUGAUUUCAGAGUUGUCCCCUCAUCUACUGCCUUUCAAUGACUUAUCAAAAACACUCUAAAUGGUAAAUCACCUCACAUGCUUAAUUUCUCUAUUAUUUUCUUUUUUAGGGGUGAAGGAAGUUGUGAUGUGGGGACCAAUAAGACUGUGUUCCAUCCUGGUCGCUGCCACCACGAGGGUGCUACAAUGUAUUUUGGGAUUUUUUAUUUUCCUUCUUUCGUUUAUUAUGCACAGUUUCAAGCUAAAUAACUUGACACGCAUGUCAAAACAUUCCUUUCAAAUGGCAACAGCUGCCUUAUAUUAUCCUGUACAUUUUGUCUGUCAUCUCUUCUUUAAGAGAGCACAGACAUGAAUAAGUGUGCAACUCUCACUUAAUGGGAAGCCACGGUUUCAACCAAGGUUAUGUGGCAAGUUUUUUGACAUGUACAUGUUUAAAUGUGUGAAUCUGUGUUGAUCUUAUUUGUAAU